GCCAGGCUUCCGGCGGCCGCGUGAGGUUUGGAUGUGUCUUGCGACCAGGGCUAGGAGGUAUUGGGCCGCCGCGCCUGAGCGGAGGGCGUAGGGGCUGCGAGACUGAGAUGUCCGACACGUGGAGCUCUAUCCAGGCCCACAAGAAGCAGCUGGACUCGUUGCGGGAGAGGCUGCAGCGGAGGCGGAAGCAGGACUCGGGGCACUUGGAUCUACGGAAUCCAGAGGCAGCACUGUCCCCAACCUUCCGUAGUGAUAGUCCAGUGCCUACUGCACCCACCUCUGGUGGCCCUAAGCCCAGCACAGCUUCAUCUGUUCCUGAAUUAGCUACAGACCCUGAGUUAGAGAAGAAGUUGCUACACCACCUUUCAGAUCUGGCCUUAACAUUGCCCACUGAUGCUGUAUCCAUCCGUCUUGCCAUCUCUACGCCAGAUGCUCCUGCUACUCAGGAUGGGGUGGAAAGCCUCCUACAGAAGUUUGCAGCUCAGGAGUUGAUUGAAGUAAAGCGAGGUCUCCUACAAGAUGAUGCACAUCCCACACUUGUGACCUAUGCUGAUCAUUCCAAGCUCUCUGCCAUGAUGGGUGCUGUGGCAGAAAAGAAAGGCCCUGGAGAGGUAGCAGGGACUAUCACAGGGCAGAAGCGGCGUGCAGAACAGGACUUAACUACAGUAGCUGCCUUUGCCAGCUCUUUAGCCUCUGGUCUGGCCUCUGUAGCAUCAGAACCAACUAAGGAGCCAGCCAAGAAAUCAAGGAGACAUGCUGCUUCAGAUGUUGAUCUGGAAAUAGAAAGCCUUUUGAACCAGCAGUCUACAAAGGAACAACAGAGCAAGAAGGUCAGUCAGGAGAUCCUAGAGCUAUUAAAUACCACAACAGCCAAGGAACAGUCCAUUGUUGAAAAGUUUCGCUCACGAGGUCGGGCCCAAGUGCAAGAAUUUUGUGACUAUGGGACCAAGGAAGAGUGCAUGAAAGCCAGUGAUGCUGAUCGACCUUGUCGCAAGCUGCACUUCAGGCGAAUUAUCAACAAACACACCGAUGAGUCUUUAGGUGACUGUUCUUUCCUUAACACGUGUUUCCAUAUGGAUACCUGCAAAUAUGUUCACUAUGAAAUUGAUGCUUGCAUGGAUUCUGAGGGUCCUGGAAGCAAGGACCAUACACCAAGCCAGGAGCUCGCUCUUACACAGAGUGUUGGGGGUGACUGCAGUGCAGAUCGACUCUUCCCACCUCAGUGGAUCUGUUGUGAUAUCCGCUACCUGGACGUCAGUAUCUUGGGCAAGUUUGCAGUUGUGAUGGCUGACCCACCCUGGGAUAUUCACAUGGAGCUGCCCUAUGGGACCCUGACAGAUGAUGAGAUGCGUAGGCUUAACAUACCAGUACUGCAAGAUGAUGGCUUCCUCUUCCUCUGGGUCACAGGCAGUUAUGAACGAGUAGAUGAAAUUAUCUGGGUGAAGACAAAUCAACUGCAACGUAUCAUCCGGACGGGUCGUACAGGUCACUGGUUGAACCAUGGGAAGGAACACUGCUUGGUUGGUGUCAAAGGAAAUCCCCAAGGCUUCAACCAGGGUCUGGAUUGUGAUGUGAUCGUAGCUGAGGUUCGCUCCACCAGUCACAAACCAGAUGAAAUCUAUGGCAUGAUUGAGAGACUAUCCCCUGGUACUCGCAAGAUUGAGUUAUUUGGACGACCACACAAUGUGCAACCCAACUGGAUUACCCUUGGAAACCAAUUGGAUGGGAUCCACUUACUAGACCCAGAUGUGGUUGCACGGUUCAAGCAAAGGUAUCCAGAUGGUAUCAUCUCUAAACCUAAGAAUUUAUAGAAAUAUUUCCUUAGAGAGCUAAGCAUCCAGAGUCGUGGCUCUACAGGGUACACUGGAAGAGUAAUACUUGUACAGUAGCUUUUUCCUUUAUUUAAAUAAAGAUUUGUAUGGUAACUGGGAAGUGAAAUUCUGGCUCUGCCAUUUAACAGUGUGUUUCUUGUACAACUCAUUUCUCAGUAUGAUUUCUGAUAAAUAGGAAGUUAUUGUGAGGGUUCAAAUUAAAUGAAAGUAUGAGAAGCAUUGACACGAUCAUUACAAAACAGGACUAUGCAGGAUCAAAAUGAGUAGCAUUAGGAUUACAUGAACACGGUUGAUUAAGAAGGGGGUUCUCUAGAGAAACUAAGAAUUGCUGCUCUAGAACUGCUAAUUUUGAGUUUCAGUUAAAAUGAUCACAAAUCAUGCUCUAAAGGUUCUUAUUCUGUUAACGAUGUGGCUUUGCUAAGUCUACCAUUCUGCAGCUUUUUCCCUAGAAAAAUCAAAGGUAAUCUUAGGUUACCUAGAGCAUAAUAGGGCAUGAAAGAAUUGGUCUAUGUUGUGUAAAUGGACAUAUCUGGUGUGUUACAUAUUUUAAAAAAGAUAUUUAAUAGAACACAAUGGAACUUCUUAAGACUUUGGUCUUAUAUUAAUUUAAGGGUGUAGAAUUCUGUCAGAUAAUAAAGGAUGUUACUGAAGAAAUAUUUUAGAGACAAAUAAAUUCCUGGUGAUGUCAUUUUCCCUACAGCCCAAUGUGCCUCCUGUGUUGAAAACCUUUGUUCUUAAACAGUGUAUUGACAUGACAGUAAUAGUUCCCUGUUUCAAGGGGGAACCUUUAAUGCAAUAAUCUCUCAUUCCUUUAUUUACUUUCUGGGUACUAGGGUUAAACCCAGGGCCUCUCUACCACUGAGCUAAGUCCCCCAACCCCCUUAUGCCUUUUUAAAUGGAUGCACAGAGUGGUGUUUCCUUCUAGGAUCAAAGCUGAGUACUCGCCCAUCAUUUUAAUAAUACUUUUGGCAA